AUGCCGGACCCCUCCAAGGAUAGCAAGCUGGGUACGCCCAAGCUCGACAACCCCCAGCUCCAGGCUGGAGGAGGAACAGCUGCCGUCGCCCCCAAAGCUCGUACCCUUGAUGACCUGUCAAACCUCCAGAGCUACCUCCGAAUCGUAUACAACGAGAUCCUGGGCCGUUACAAUCUGCAGACCAAGGACGGACAAUUGAGCUGGCUCAAGGAGCAGAAUGGCCCUGGCAAAGACUUCGAAACCGCAGUAGACAGCCACCUAGAGCUCCUGGGCGACGGCUCGUUUCCCUCUUUUGCCAACUACUUUGCCUCAGGACUAGGCAACGUGAUGAAGCCUGCACCACCUCUAGAUGAAUCGCACCCGAUUUCCAACUACUUCAUCUCCUCGAGCCACAACACAUACCUCACCGGUAACCAACUCUCGAGCGACUCGAGUGUCGACGCCUACAAAAACGUCCUCAUGCGAGGUUGUCGCUGCGUGGAGGUGGACGUUUGGGACGGUGAUGAGCUCUCCGACUCAAGUUCAGAUGAAGAAGCCGCUAGAGGUAAUCCUGGUGCCGAUGAAGCGAGGAAGGAGAAGAAGAAAUCCAAGACUGGUCUGAGCAUCCGCAAACGCCUGGGCUUGAAAUUCGGCAAGGACAAGUCAGACGAGGAAAAAGUCGAGACACCUUCACCGCCGCCGCCUCAAAACAACGCGCAAAAGAUCGAGCCCUGGCACUCUGCUUCAUACACUUCCCGAGCGGAACCAAAAGUGUUUCACGGCUACACUUUGACCAGUGAGAUGACCUUUCGAUCUGUUUGUGCAACCAUCAAAGAAUAUGCGUUUGCAGUAUCCAAUCUACCCCUCAUUGUCAGUCUGGAAGUACACUGUGGUCCUGAGCAACAGGAGAUCAUGGUCGAGCUCAUGCAAGAGUACUGGAAGGGUAUGAUGCUUGAAGAGCCAUUGGAUCCAACCCAGAGCUUAGACACGGUCGGUUUGCCUGCACUCAAGGAACUGGAAAACAAGAUUCUCGUCAAGGUCAAGCGUGGUCAUCCCAAGGUAUCUCCUCCCGAGUCACAGGUUCCUGCAGUUGGUGGGUCAGUGCCACCGUUAGAACACACUGCAAGCUUGGACUCUGUAAACUCAGAAGAUGAAUUUGGGCCAGACGGCGAGAAGAAGCCGCCAGCGCCAAAGCCCAAGGUCAUAGAGUCUUUGGCACGACUGGGUGUAUAUUUUGGUGGCUACUCAUUCAAGGGCUUAGACACUCCCGAGGCGAAGAUACCUACCCACAUUUUCUCACUUUCAGAAAGCACACUGAUGGAUCUUCACGAGAGCAACCCUACAGGACUUUUCGAUCACAACAAGCACUACUUUAUGCGCGCGUAUCCAAAAGGCCUCCGGCUGACGUCUUCAAACCUUAACCCCUCCGUCUUUUGGCGUGCGGGAGUCCAGAUUGUAGCUCUCAACUGGCAACGCUGGGACGGUGGAAUGAUGCAGAACGAGGCCAUGUUUGCAGGUACUCCUGGGUGGGUCCUCAAGCCAGAGGGAUAUCGCAGCACAAGCACUGCCGCAACACAAAAGACAGCCAUCCCCCACCAGGAUAUGGAUCUAAGCAUCGAGUUCAUUGCCGGACAGAACAUUCCUUUACCUCCAGAAGAAGACGACCCCAAAGACUUUAAGCCAUAUGUCAAGGUCGAGCUACACGUCGAGUCGUACGAAGAGCGCAAUGCCGAACCCAUACAAGGCAAUGGAAGGAGCCAAAAGGGUGAAUACAAAGACAAGACCAAGACGGCCAGGACCCCGAAUCCCGACUUUGGUCGCGAAGUCAUCAAAUUCACUGGCGUACAGGGCGUCACGGACGAAUUGACUUUUGUCAGAUUCAAAGUCAUGGACGACGAGCGCAUCAGCGACGACCUAGCUGCAUGGGCUUGCUUCCGUCUCGAUCGUCUACAAGCCGGUUACCGCGUUCUUCACCUCUACGACGCAAACGGUGUGGUAUCCAAAGGCGCACUGCUGGUCCGCAUCACGAAGACGGUUAGUGCGGCUUGA